AUGCCGGAGGCGCCUUUGAGAGAUGGAGCUCCACGCCCCCCGGGAAGCUUCCUGAAGGCCGCAGGUUCUUUGAGCUCCUUCUUGUCCUCUUGGCGAUCUUCGGGCUCCGAACCUCUCGUCCGAGCAAGUGAGGCGCAAGCCUUGCAAACUUCGAGUGCUGCAUCAGAGCCGACGGUGCCUUCGAAGGUCGUGGGUUGGUCACAGCGGAACUCAGACCCCGCAGUCUGCAGGAGGGAUGAGGAGGUGACGCUGGCUCUCAUCCCAGAGACACGUGGCUCUGCUACGGCCCGUGCGACUCGCGGCUUCCAGAGCGGCCAGCACUGCUUCGGAGUGAAAGUCGUCAUGGGCGCUGAAAGUUUCGUUGGUCUCGUAUCUCCGCAGUGGAGCGCAGCGGCAGCUGCAGCGUUGCCGUUGGGUCGGGCACUACACUCAUGGGCCAUAGCCUCCGAUGGCAGCGUUUGGGUGGCAGGGAGGGAGCUGGAACGCCUCCCGGUGGCUUUCGCAGAAGGGAGCUGCAUUGCCUUCGUUCUCACGCUGCCGGCAGUGGGACUACGGACGGCCACCGUGUAUAUUGACGGUCAGCCUUUCGAGAAAGUCUUCACGGAUCUGCCGGACACGGUGUAUCCGGCAGCAUCAAAUCUGAGAUUGCCAGCCCAGUUUCGACUUCAGUGCGAUCUUUUUUUGGAGGACCUCAUCCAAUCCAAUGCUGUGGAAGCCUCACCACCGGCCGAGUGA